AAAGAAAACUUCCUAGUCUGUUGGCAUGUGCCCAUCCUGAAACUCUUGUCAUGGGAAACAUCGAGAGGGUCUUUGUACAAGUAGAAAAUGGUAAAACAAGAUUUGUACAGAAAACUGUCACUAAUGAGAUCAUACAACACAAAAGGCACCUUCAAGUGUUCUUUCUGAAAUUCAAACAGCAGCUCUUUUAACGACUUGACAGGAAAACAAAGUGGAUGAUUUCUUUGCUAAAGCUUCACAAUGAACUUCACCACUCUUUCAUAUGCUACAAUUUCUUCCAUUUCGGCCACUGGUCUUCGUGUGCUUGUUGCUUGCUCAUCAUCGACAGACAUGCUUAUCUAGGUUUUAUCUGAUAGACUCUAUUAUACCAAAUUGAAUGGAGGGUCAUGUAGAAGAGAUCAUACUUCAUUGGGCUAGCAUGCCAAAGAAAAUGUCGCUGAGCUUUCCGGACCCCGAGUUGCAUUUGAAGAUACUUCUCCUUUGGAAUCGAAAGAAUAUUUCUUUUAGGUUGGAUAUGUCUUUCUCUGCAAGGAUUAAUGAAAAUGCUCCCCAAUCCAGGACAUCAAAAAAUGGUGGCACAAAGUUAUCUGAUAUAAUUACAGGUACACACUCGUAAAAGAUGGCUUCAACCACCCGAGGACUGUUGACCUCAUAACCCUUGGGACAGAUACAAUACUUGCUUCUCUGCAUGUGAUGGAUGUAAUUCAUUUUGCUUGCAACACCAGGAGGCAUAGGACCGAAGAUCUUCAUGUCAGGAUCUUUGUCUUUCCAGUACUUCAAUAAGAUUGGACGCAGGUAACCAUGCAUGUUUCCAGCAUAGAAGGCAAGAAUGUUUCUCUGAGAAGGCGGUUUUCCUCCAAGAUCUCGGAGGGGAUUUCUAGCAGACCGAACAUAUGUUUCAGGAAAAGACACA